AACCAUGGCCAUCUUUGAAUCUGAGGAGGUUUGCACCAUCAAUACUGGUGCACUAUCCUUUACCACAAAGUUGGUUUAAUUCAGAUAACGUUACAUAAACUAUUUUGUCCGAGCAUGGCUAACCGAAAUAUGCAACAAGCGAGCAUGCAGAGCAGUAAUUCUCCUCAACCAGCGAGACGCGGGAUCGACUCCCCGGGCACGGAGCAGUCACCGGCGAACAAAGACAGCCCAGCUCCGCAGCAGCAGCAGUCUCCUGCGGGCGAGCAAGAAGCCGGGGAAGGAAGCGAGGAAGGCCCGGAAGAAAUGACUCUGGAUAUCACGAGUUUUCGAAAGCCCGGGGAGAAGACGUUCACCCAGCGCUCACGGCUGUUUGUGGGGAACCUCCCCACGGACAUCCCGGAGGAGGAGUUCAAGAACAUGUUCGCUAAAUAUGGAAACGUUAACGAGGUUUUCAUCAACAGAGACCGGGGCUUCGGCUUAAUCCGCCUGGAAACCCGGACGCUGGCAGAGAUUGCAAAAGCAGAGCUGGAUGGGACGGUUUUGAAUAAUAGACCAAUCAGGAUCCGCUUUUCUACACAUGUUGCUGCGCUCACAGUGCGUAACCUGUUGCCCGUUGUAACAAAUGAGCUGCUGGAACAGGCGUUUUCUCAGUUUGGGCCGGUGGAACGGGCUAUCGUCGUGACAGAUGACCGUGGUCGUCCUACUGGCAGGGGCCUUGUGGAGUUUGCAAACAAGGCAGCUGCACGUAAAGCCCUGGAGCGCUGCACGGAGGGAGCGCUGCUGCUGACCACCACACCUUGUCCAGCUAUUGUGGAGCCCUCAGAGCACUUUGAUGAUGAGGACGGGCUGCCGGAAAAAAUGCUGCAGAAGACUCCGAGAUACUAUAAGGAACGAGAGCAGCAGCCACACUUUGCUCAGCCGGGGACAUUUGAGUUUGAAUACUCGUCUCGUUGGAAAGCUCUUCAUGAGAUGGAGAAACAGCAAAGAGAGCAGGUGGACAAGAACAUUAAAGAAGCCAAAGAGAAACUGGAGGCUGAGCUGGAGUCGGCCAAACAUGAACAUCAACUCAUGUUAAUGAGACAAGACCUAAUGAGACGUCAGGAGGAACUGAGGAGACUGGAGGAGCUCCGCAACCAGGAGUUGCAGAGACGAAAGCAGAUAGAGAUGAGGCAUGAAGAGGAGAGGAGGAGGAGAGAGGAGGAGAUGAUGAGACACAGGGAGCAGGAGGACCUGAGACGCAACCCAGACGGCUUCAAACCAAACUACAUGGACAGUAGAGAACAGGAAAUGAGAGUGGGUGAGCUGGGCCCUCGUGGAGCCAUUAAUAUGGGAGAUGGCUAUAACCAGGCCUCUCCGGGGCCCACUGGUAACCAGGGUCAAAUGAUGGGCAUGAGUGGAAGGGGAGGAGCCAUUGGCCCAGAGGGAACUGCAAAUAUGGGGACACCAUUGAUGUCAGAGAAUGGAGCCAUGCGAAACGAUAGAUACCCGCAGGGUGGAUCAGUGGGGGGCCGACCAGAAGUUGAGUCCCCAAAGCAACAGCAGCAGCAGCAGCAGCAGCAACAACAACAGCAGCAGCAGCAGCAGCAGCAGCAGCAGCCGCCAUUGGGCCCUCAAGGCGGACCAGCUCCAGGUUUUGGCAGGGGGAAUCCAGUAGGGGGAGUCUUUGACGGGCCGAAUAACAAGCGGCGCAGAUGCUGACUUCUAUCUGAUCAAAGAGACGCUGUUCUGAUGGAUCUGUGUUACUGCGCCAGCCCGAUAAUAUCGUUUCUGCUUUACGUUGAUUCGAUUCCCUCCCUGAGACUCUUUGCUGAAAAUUUUUUAACCGAUUUUUUUGUUCUUGUGAUUGCUAAAACUCUGUAUCUGCACUUAUCUGCAGUGUUUAUUCAGUCCCCCCCCAGCAUAUGUUUCUCCUCUUUGUUUCAGAAUGAACUGGUUUGUCCUCUUGUGUGCUGAAAAUUAAGUGUGCAAACAAAGUGUCACAGCGUGUUAUCAAGGAAGGCAUUUGUGGUUAGACAUCUUUGCUUUGGCGGCUACGGUCUUGGAUACUAUUAAGGUGCUUCAGGGGAGUGUUCAAUAAGAUGAAUUGGAUUGGACAUGGAUUUAAGUCAAAACAGGAUGGCUGACCUCUCAAAGUGAAAAAUAGUGUAACACCAGUAUAAAAAAUAUGUUCCUGAUAGUAAAUCACCUUUUUAUUAAAGCUUUUUUUGGGUUGGAUACUUUCAAAUGUUUCUCCACUUUCUGUAUUUGAUGGUUAAGAGAAAUAAAACAUUUUUAGGAA